AUGCGGGCCCGCUACUGUCGCUCACGUCCCCCUCCCUCUUCCCCGUCUUGUUGUCACCCCUCAAAAGUACUCCGAGCGUCGACGCCUCCGCACGGUGACUACGACUACGGGUAUGACAGCAAUGACGGGGUUGAUCAAAGGACACUUCAGCGGCAGGGGGAAGAGGUUGAUGUCAUCAACGUUUCGGGCAACGGCCAGGCAGCUGGAGCAGCGGCGACAGCAGCACCAGGACCAGUAGCAGCAGUGGCGAAGCGUCCAGCGUUUGGUACCGUAGCGGAAGAUCGGAGCCCAACGCAAGACGUCCGGCGACGGGCCAUCAGCAUCGGCCAGCUGUUUGGGAGGACGGCUACGACGACGAAGAAGUCGAAGCGAGUGUCUGGACCGAAGGUGCGACGGGAGAAGUCGUGUACCCGACCCCCCGGGCUGGUGUGGCGAGCGGGGGUCAAGGGCAUGGUCCCCCUGGCGACGGCUAUCGGCUUGUCGGUCACUCCGUCCAGGUACCUGGCGGUGAGGGCGGCGGGAGGGGCGGUGCUGGCCAUCGCGGCUAACGUGUUGAGACAGGCAGUCGUGGCGACGAGAAAGAGACAGGCUCCGGACGCCCUGCUGGAGCUCGUGAGGAAGGAGGGAGCGGGCAACGUCACCAGAGAGCAGGUGGGGGCUGGCUUUUGGAUUGUGGCUCACGACCCGUUCCGCCGACCGCGAGUUCUCCCCCCGCCCAUGAUUCUACCUACCCCCCUAAAUAACCAUUGGCAUGCGAAGCUGGUGGGUCUCGCAGAGAAGUACUUCGUCAAGGGUCCCGAGCUGUGGGAGUCAUCUCGAUUGAUCUACUCGUCGGUUCUUGCCGACGCUGUGGCUGAACACGAGCCAAACACGGAGGACUUGGACCGCCUCGCGAUGCUCAAGUGGACGCUUGGGCUCAGCUCCCAGGAGGUGGCCUCGUGUCAUCACAAGGUUGUCGAAGAUGCCGUUAGCUCGGUGGGGGCGCCGGUGUCGAUGGAUAAGAUGCUCUACCUGUCGGAGCGCAUGUUCUACCAGGAGGGUGCUACGGACGAGGGGUACCUGGAUGAGUGUGCGCGACUUCGGAGUCAGCUCGGGGGGAUGUCACAGGUGGACCUCCUUCGCAAGGUGACCCAGUACGCCGCGCCCUGCUACCAGCGGCUGUUGGACGCCAAUGGGAGGCUUGACGACCGGGACCGGCUGUGGCUGAGUCGCUUGAGAGGCAUCAUGAGCGUGAGCCAGUUCGAGGGCGAGCGAGCGCUGGAGUCGGUCACCGCGCCCGUCUACAGGGAGGCGUUACAAGCGGCAUUUGCCGAGGCCGUGGGGUUACAACGGGGCGAGCCAGGCGUGGACGCCCUGAGAGCAAAGCUGCGGUCCAGGCAGGCGGACUUGCAGCUGUCCAUGGCGGCAGCCGACGCUGCUGUGAAGGAAACCAUACGCAAGCUUGCCCUCGGGUCUUUGGAAGUGGCUUUGGUUGCUCUGAGGAACGGAGGGGGCGACGGCCCUGGAGAUUCCCCAGAGUCAGACGUGCUGCGGUCGAUGACGGAGGUUUUCCAGCUUAGAGAGGCGGUGUCGUUGCUCGUGCAGAACACUCCCGACGCUGAGUGCUCGCGCUACUUCACCGGGGUUCUGGUCGGUUCGCCCUCCCUCCGACUGGCGGAGUCCGAGAAACGAGCGAUAUUUCGUAUACAGCUCGAACACGCGCUAGAAGACAUGCGUCUCGACGAGGACGAUAAGGUAAUGCGCCAAGCGCUAAAGGUAUCGAUGAGUCGUUGGAAGAAAUGUCGUUGCCUUGGAAAGGGUGAGUUGGCGGAGCUGGGUAGCAUGCUUCAGCUCGCCGAGGCGGACGUUCGCCAGAUCCAUGUCUCCAUCGUGAACCCCUUGCUGUCCAGGAGGCUUGCGGAGACGAUAGAGCGCAACGAUUUCACCGCUCAGGACGUCGCCAAGCUGCAGCAAGACCUCACUGUGCCGGCUGAUACCUUCCUCGACACCUGCAUGGAGGCGUACCACGCGAAGCUGACGAACCUACUGGAGGAAGGCAAGAAAAGUCGCGGCCCACCUGUAUCGGGGGUGAUCUCCGACAUCUCCGACAUCGACAUGGCCGCCCUGGGCUCUGCUGCCGAGGCCUUGGGCCUUUCCAAGGAACAGCUGUACACGAUCCACGACAUCACGUGCGGGCCGGUCUUGAAGGCCGCCGCUCUGGAGCUGUUGACGGCAGUGGCGGAGGCCGAGGUGGACGAGGGAGUUGGACAGCAGACGGAGGCUGUAGCCAUGGUGCUGGGGACCUCAAGGGACCGGCUCGGCAUGUCCAAAGACGGAGCCCGCGCUGCCUUCGUGGGAGCUUACUUCGAGGUGGUGGCACCAAACAUCCAGGAGGUCUCCGUCGCCAUUGAGGCGCUGAAGGAUGCUCGAAAGGGCAUGCGAAAGGCGAUGCCAGCUACCGCCUUCUCGUCUACAACUCCUCUGCUGGUCAACAGCGGUGAUGGUGGUGCCAGGGACGACGUGGCCAUGCCCGCGCUCGCUCGCUGUGAUGGAAGUACUGUCGGUGACCAAUCGAUCGCGGCUGUCGCCGAACAGUGCAACGGAGAAGGGCUGGGUCAUGCCAAGAAGCUGGACACGAGGGCUGACGAGAUAAUGGGACGAGUCCUGAGGCUAGCGUCCUUGUGUGAGAGGGCAGGGGCAUCGAAGGAACUGGAGGUGGUGCUUCGCGCGUCCACCACUGGGCGGUCGGACCCCCUGUACACGGAGGGCAUUGGCCAGGCGGUGGGACCGAAGCACGUACUGCCAGUGUACACCUUCUUUCUGGAGGAGGCCUUUUCCCCUCGUCGCGACAGCUUGGCCACCGACGACCCGGUGCUGCAGAAGCGAGACUCUCUGGCGCUAGCGCUCGGGCUCAGCAAGGCGAGGACCAUAGAUGUUCACAGAGGGGCUUCGUCUCGCCUCUACCUCGACUUCUUGCACGGGAAGCUGGAGAGGAAAUGGGCGCUGGAUGCCGUCGAUAUCGCGUCUCUCAAGGCGAUGGAAGAGGUGCUGGGCAUGACGGGGGUAGUGUGCGAGGAGCUGAUGGUCAGGGGUACAAAGUCGUUCGUGCGGCGGAGGGUGGAAGAAGAACGAGACCCAGCAGUAGCCAAGGCAAUGCUCGAGCACGCACGGUCAUCUCUGGGCCUUGCGGGCGAGGCAGUGAGCGACCUCUACGCGAGGCUUCCAGAUUCCCCGGAAGUGCCGGUAACCGACCGAUCAGAAGACAACAACAUUGCUUUCUUGAGUAUCGGCAGCAGCAGCAGUAGCAGUAGCAGGACAACAGAUGGCCGCGCGGGCGGUGACGCGGACGGCGAGGAGACAGGGGGGGGGACUACGGGCGGGGACGGCGUGCUAGCCACCCCUCCCUCGGCAUUCACCGCCGCCGCCGCCGCCGCCGCCGCCGCCGCCGCCCCGGCUGCGAUGUCCUUGGUCAUGUCUGCUGGGGGGGUAGGGACCAGAGGUUCAAAUGGAGAGGGUAGUGCAAGCGGUGGCGGCUGCCGCGGUGGUGUGGGUGAGGGGUGUGGUGGGUUGACAGUAGGCGCGGAAGGGGUGUUUCCAGUAGAGAUUGGGUUUAUCCCCGGUGAGAGGGAUGAUGACGGUGUCGGGGCGGCGGACAAAGGGAUGGCGGCCGGCAAGGAGGUGGGAAAGAGGGUUCGGGAGGCCGCCCAAGAAAAAUCUCCCCGUGACGCGGCCGGAACGACGACGAGACCGGGAGGGCAAUCUGACGAGGAAGCUGGCGUGCUCUCCUUUCUGAAAGUGCUACGAGACCGGAGGGGGGUAGACGAAGGAGGAGCAGACGAUGUUUCGGGGCUGGGAUCUUGGGCGGCAGACUUUGGACUUUUCGUGGGAGAAGAUAGCACGACGCUCGACUGGACCAGUAGCGGCGAGGUUGAGAGCGAUUUCGUGGGGUGGGGCGCAUCAUUUGAGGAUUGUGCGUGGGUGGGCCUAGGAAUGGAGGAGGGAGGGCAAGCGGGUCGUGAUGAGGCGGCAGCGGCGGCGGACUUGGGACCGGCGGAUUUCGCCCGAGCGGAUGGGGAGACAGAACCGACAAGCGCACAUGCAACGAAAGCUCCCGCUGUUGAGGACGAAGAGGACUACUACCUCAUAACGUCCAGGGGAGAGGGAGUGGUCACAAUGGAGAACGACAAACGGGAAACAGGGAUCGCAGCGGAAGAUACCAAGGCCGCCGGGGGGCGAUCGGCGGUCAGACUAUUUGCUGGAAGAACGAAUGCAACUCUCGUUGGACAAGCAGACGUUGACGCUGCUGGCCUGUCAAGGGCCAGAGGAAACAGCAAGCGCGAUUCCUCCUCUGGAUUUUUCGCAGCGCUAGCAAGCCUCAACAGCCACCGGGAGUCCGCAAAGCUCAAGGCGGCGGUACGAGCUGCUGGAGGAGAGCUGUACGGUUUCACCGACCGGCUGUCGGUCCUUUCGUCUUCGCUUGGGAAAAAUCCUCUCGCUGCGCCUGGGAAGGGCGCGGCUAGUGUUGCCGCAGCGCUAGAAGAGGUUGCGUCAUUGCGCAGGGCGCUCAAGACGGGGGGAUACAGCAGGUUUUCGGGACGACCCGCGGAGGUUCGGCGAGCGGUCAAGGCUGCAGAACGGCUCGUGCGGGAUGCGGAACGAGCAGUUGGGAAGGACAUCGCAGUGCUGGACAAUGCAGCAUCUCGUGAAGCGACGACGCUCGCAGAAAUUUCUGCUUGUCGUGAGAAACUUGAGGCUGCAAGGGCACGCCUACGUAGCGCCGAUACGCUGGACAUCAAGGCGCUUCCGGUACUGUGGGGGGCGCUAGGCAAGGUGCAGGCAUCGGUCGACGUUUGUGCCGAACGCUUAAGGCAGUCGAGCUCGGCACCCUUGCAGGGAGGCCGCGCGGCGUCGGGUACGAAGGCGAGUGAGCCCUCUCUAGCCACGUGCAAGGCUAAGGUAAGGGCUGUGGUGGCCAAGGUGGACGCCGCGUGUGCAAAGCGACGGCAGCACGAACAGCCACACCGGCCAAAAGGCAGCACGCAGGACGAAACCUCUAGGAGGGCGGGAGACCGGUGGCUGAUGCAAACGAGGGCGCUGCGGCGAGCGAUGCUCGGACCGGAAGGUAUAGGGAGGCGAAGAGGCAUCACUGCUGGGAACCAGUUCCAGGAAGCGCUGGACAAGCUUGACGCUGCUCUUGCCGAGGCCGACCGUCUGAGGGCCGACACCGGUAUCCUGGGGUCACCACAAGGCGGUGCCGUCUACGAGGAGGCCGCGCGAAGGGCCUCACAUGCCGCCGAGGAGCUGCAGCGGGCGGUCGAGACCGUCGCCAGCGAGCACGGCACCCGCCUUGAUCGCGCGAGAGCACUGGUGAGCAUGGCCCUCGGCGAGGUGACAGAGAUGGAGACGGACGCGACGGAUUGCGGGCUUGCUGGCAGCCCCGGCGUAUCGGAGGCCUUGAGGAACGCUCGUAGGGGGCUGGAGAGAAUGCACGGGGCCCUGCAGAAAGAGGGCAGGACGGGCGUUUCUGAUCAAAGCCGGGUCGAAACGUUGGUGGCGAGCGGGAUCCUCGAGUCCGCCCUGCGAGGUGUUGAUACAGCUCGAGCCGCUGUUACGCUUGCUCGCCGGAUAGAGGGUGCGGAGGCGGAGGCUAGGGCCAUUCUCGACAAGGAGCGCGCCCGCGUGGACGACCUGUCGCUCCAAGCGCAAGCCCUUGGACUCCUGGGGCGCCCCGCGGUGGCGCGAGCGGUGAAGGCUUGUCGAGAGGCGGGGAGGGCUGCGGGGAGGCGAGACAGCCGGGGCCGGCGGGUCUCGCCCGAGGAGCGCGAAGCGCUCGCGCAGGACUUCCUGUCUGCUGCUCGUCUCGCCCGCGGCGCGACAGAGCGAGCCCAGGAGACGGUCAAGCACGAGAGGGAGGCCGCGGCAGUCAACGACGGUUCGAGGUGCCGAGCCAAGGAGCGUCUGGAGUCAUCAACGGCCGCGCUAGCGGUGCUUCACGGUCGUGUGGAUCGGCUUGCCGCCUCCGCGGAGCAGCGUCGCGCGUCCCUGGAGCGCGUGCGCGUGCUCACGGCAUCGUGGAAGUUCGGCGGUGCCGAUGGCAAGGAGCUCCGGCGCCCGAUUCCGCCUGAAUCCUUGGAGAGGUCAGCAUCACGGGCGACGGCGGAAGCGAAGAAGAGCCUUGAUGCCGUCGAGAAGGAAGCAGAGGCAUCUGGGGAUGCGACGGGUCUUGACAAGCGCGUGGAAUCAAGUCUACAGCGGCUAACGGUCGCAGAGGCGGCGGUGGCUGCAGCCGAGGUGCGUGGCCGGCGAAGGGGUAACGCGGUCUUAGCGCUGGAGCGCGCUGCGGCUAGGACGGUGGCGGUCAUAGCCGACGCAGAGGCGGCGAAGGUAGCCGGCCGGUCUGCUGUGGUGGGCUCCCUUACCGCCGCCGUUUGUGAAAUACGAGUCGCCUUGAGCGUGGCCGUGGACAGCGCUGCCGAUGAUGAACUGGGACCGGGAGGCAUUGAGCAUGACGACUCUCUCUUGGCAGCCGCUGGGCGGGCCGAACAAGCAGCCGAAGCAGCGGGGAACCGUGUUGCACGCGAGAGAGCAGCGGCAGAGCGAGCGGAAGAAGAGAGGCAGGAGAGGUGUGCCGAGCUGUGGUCGGCCGCGAGACGACUCGAGAGUCUGGACACCGAUAGCGUCGUCGCCGACGAUCCGGAGGCGGCGGCGAUGGUUCUGGAAGCAAGAUCAGAGGCAGUGAAUGUUCUAAUGGCGUUGGAAGCGGCCGAAGACCCUUCGGACGUCCUGGACUCCGCUCAGGCAGCCCUGGAAAAGGCCUCUCUAGUAGAGGAAAACCUUGUCGAGACUCAGCGCACGGUGCGUUGCUUCGACGACGCGACUUCCUUCCUCGAGCAAGCCGAGGGCCUUGUGGAGGAGGCUCAGGUCACCAUGAAGGCCCGGGACGUGCCUGCCGCCAGUCGCGCGGCGUUCCAGGAAGCCCUCAAGCGCUACGAGAGUGUGCUGAGCGUUGUGGCGGCGUCAAGCGACGGCGCCGACGCGUUCCUCGAGCGUUGCACCGCCGCUUUCGCCGCCGCCAGGGGCGUGGACAGGGCCGCGGUGAGGGCAAACCGGCGGGUGCGAGCCCACAAGGAGCGGCUUCGGUGGGAGCUUAACCGAUUGGACAGACCGGCGGCGGCCCUCCUAGCUCUCGACCCCUCCGAGCUAACAGAAACGAGCGGAACCGUGUCAUUUCGCGAGGUGGCUGAGGGCGUCCGCGAUGCUCUAUCGGCGGUGAGCUCGGCCCGCACGGAAGUCGAAGAGAGCUCCAAAGCGCAGAGCGAAGGGAGCGAGGCGCAAGAAGUGGUCCUGGCAGACCGCGUGGACAGCGCCGUCCAGGCGGCCGCUUCUGCCGAACGCGAGUUCCGAGAGGCACGUGAGGUGGUGCGGCGAAUGAACCGGGGGUGGCAGCAGCUGGCCGGCCCAGAGGCUGCGCUAGCGAGGACCCGGGAGGACAUCGCGGUGCUCCCGCACGCCGGCGUGGUGUCGGAGCUCUGCGAGGGUGCCCUGCAGGGCGCCGAAGAUUCCCUGGCGGCUGCGCGAGCGGGCGUGACGGCGAUCGGCAGGGGCGGGAGAGCGGUUGUCAGCGACGCGGAGGCGAAGGUGGAGGAGGCCAAGCUGAAAGUAAGAAUGGCGCAGCGAACCGCCGAAGAACAGGCAAGAGAGACCACCCGCGUACAGUCGGCUGCAUCGCACCGCCAGAUGCUCCGCUCUGCCCUGGAAACAAGUGGCGAUUCCAUCGCCGAGGCCCAGGCCGGUCUCGAGGCAGAGCUGAAAGGGCGAUCCCCGCAAGAUUCGAUAUCGACCGCUCAGGCCGGCCGUGUGGGCAGGAAAGGAGACCCCAUGUCCGAAGCUCUUCGAGCAUGUGCCGCGGCGGAAGAAGCGGCUUCGGUGGCUCGAGAAUGCCUCGAACGGCCUCUUUCCGCUGAAUCGUUCAGGGCCGGGACCGGCGAUGCCGCAAGGGAGGCGGAACGGGCUGUGGAUGCAGCGCAGACGGCAGCGGCAGAGGCCGAACAGGCCGCCGCGCGCCUGGUCGAGAGGCUUGGGCAGGUACGCGGCAUCCGUACCAAGCUCAGGUCCCUCCUGGCUCAAUCGGAGGCUCGAUUUCGCCGGGCAAGUGCGGCCCUGGACGAUACUGGAGUCGUCGACAGCAAGCGCGAGGCAGUGCGCGUGGCCAGUGCAGCUCUCGCCCGCGCGCGCGACCGACUGCGGAGCUCCUUGGGCAGCGGCUACCUUGCCACCGACGGCGGCUGCGGCGGCAGCGACCGUGAUGACGAUGGUCGCGGCACAGGGAGCCUCGCGCGCGACGAAGAGGCCGUAUCGGAGGCUACCGGGUUCGUUGAGGCCCUCGAGCUAAUCGCGUCUCGGGAAGCGAAGACCUCUCCUUCCCCGGCGGAGCGAGCCAUAUCGGGCUCCUCGGGGGAGAAGGGGAACGAAUCCAUGGACGCGUUGGCUUUAGCCUUGCAGUGGGGUGAUGCGCUGCGCGCACAGGUGGCUGAGCUCCAGCUCGGCGGCGACCCUGCCGUAGCGCACGCGCUCGAGGAGACUGGGAAGGCUGCGGUCGCCGCCGAAAGGCUGUGGUCCCCCGGCGAACGACGAGAAGGGUCAGGCGCGGAAGGACGGGCUGCCGUCGAGGGUCUGGCCGCAAAGCUGGGAGAGCUCGAAAGGUUUGCCGAGGAAGCCGCUGAGAAGCGACGUGCGCGCGAGGCCGAGCGCGGGGCGGCGGCCAGACGGUUGGAUCGCCUUUCGGCCACCUUCAACUCUCUACAGGAGACGGUGAAGUCGGCCGGCGAGCCCCUCCUUGCCUCCCUCACCGAUGCUGCGCUGAGCGUUGCGCAUGACGCCAUCACCGCUGCAUCAGCAACUGCCAACGCCGGAGUGGGGUUGGGCGAUGGCAAGACUGUGAGUAGCGCCCGGGAAUCGACGCUGGCUGACGCUGUUCAGGCCGCGGCGGUCGCGGUCGCUCAGGCGGAGGCGACGGUGACGCGCGCGCGGGAGCGGGCGCCCCAGGUGUCCGCGGAGAGGGUCCGCGCUCUGCAGACCCUGGUGGGCCUGGCCGAGACCCUGAGCGAGGCCGGGGAGCAGCUCGCCUCCUCCUCGGCGGAACGCGGCCUGCCUUCGUCUCGAGAGGCGGCGGCCGCCAUCUCGCAGGCGCAAGCGGGGCUGAGAAGGGCCCGAGACGCGGCACAGUCCGACUGGGGGGCUUGGAUGUCGGAAGCGGCGGCGAUCACGGACGUUGUCGCGGAAGCGGGGGAGCUCGUGAGGCGGGCGAAGCGCGCCGCCGAUGGCCCCGCCGCCGCUGUGCCCCGCGCCGGGCGGUCGGCGGCAAGGGGCGAGGACACCGUGGUGGCAGAAGCCGAAGCCGGGGCGUGGCUGGAGGAAGAGGCGAAGGGUGGGGCGAAGACCACCGAUAGGUCUAACAGGUCGGAUGUCGGGAGCGUGGAGGGCCAAUCGACGUCCCCGGCAACGACUGACGCGCGCAAGGCGAGAAUCGGAUUCAGCAAGAAGGGGGAGGGUGCUCAGACGUACCUGCCGCUGUGGAUGCGCUUGCAGAAGAAGCUGUGGGACGCGGGGGGGGCGGAAAGAGAUGGGGUGGGUGGCGGCGACGAUAAAGGGCGGCGAGAGGCGGCGUCUAGGGAUGAUGCUUCUCCGAGGUCACGAGAUACCCCCGCCUCGCCACCGCCGACCACGGUCAUGGUCACAAACGUGCAGCAGGACACCCCACCGAGCGGAAGCAAAGAAUCGAGGCUUGAGGCUGGGAGCGACAAGUGGCGACGGGAAGAGGAAGAACGCUUGGGCGCGGAAGUGAAAAGAUUACGGGCAGAGGCCGCUCGAUUGCGAGCCCGUCGUGACCGUAGCGAUGCCAACGGAGCACAGAGCAGCCAAAUUUCUGGGGCGGGGGGCGCGGGAGAGAGGCGAAGCUUUAAGCUGGCUGCCGAAGCUCUGGCGGAGGACAUGGUGAAGGACUUCGCGACACGGGCCAAGAAGGUCGCCCAGCAGCGAGACAGCAAUAAGGCAAGCGACAGCGGGAAGGAGUGACGGGAACGUUGAAAGCCGCAGAGAUUUACGACGUGAUGGACUCUGGUUGGUGUAUUUCGCGACACAACAGCAGUAACGCCGCUUGGCGGUGGAAUUUUGCGUGCACUUGUUCCUUCUUCGUGCGAAAUUUUGUACUUGCACUUUGAGAUGGAGGUUAGCUCGGGUGUCAUUUCUUGUUGCACUUGGCGGAGAGUUUUGGGUUGUGCCGUGAUAGUGAAAAGAAAAGGAGGUGGAAACGCAGCGCAUGCCAGGAAUUUUGCGAACACGCGGGUGUCUCCUCGAACAUUAUUACUAUAGUGCGUGUUGUGCGCAUUUUUUUUUUACGAAGGUAUUUAAUUGCUGCGUUUUCUUGUGGAUGUUUUUUACCGAUAGCCGCUUACAAAGCGAACUUUACGUUGAAGCACGUUCGAGGAAAAAAUGAUGUUAAUUGUCAAGUGUGAGCUGUGAUACGGUCGUACUUGCAGAGAUUUCCAGCUUCAUUCAGAAAAUACAUCUUUCGAUGGAGCCCACGCGCCAUACCGCGGGUACCACCAUGAAAACGUCGAGGUGUUAAUGUGCACUCAAAUGCACCGCUUGUGCAACAAAGCGCUGCAGACGGACACGAUAUGCGUGCCUGGCCAGCGCGCCCAUGAUGUCGCAUGGAAUAUUUUCCGGUAGCGGAGCUUGCACUUGAAAAUUAAGCGCCGCGUGGAGAUCCCCAGAGGAUAGAUACUACAGCCGUAGGGCCGUAGAAUCUCCCCCAAAAAUGUCCAGGACAAUUCCCUCUUUUCAAAUACGAACAAAUUGAUUGGUGUCGUAAAACACCCAUACCUCAGGCUAAUCACCCCACCGGGGGACGAAAAAUUCCAUGCCCGCCGCCCUAAAUCAAGGAACUUGAACAUACAAGGCUACAAUGCUGACAUAUUCCGAUACGAUGGGCAUCCCUGCUAGUGCUGGGGAGCGGCACGGGACACCAAGCAAACGACCCCCCACCGACAUCGACCAGCUCUUUAUGUGGCACUUUCAAAAGCAGGCACGCUGGGGGAACACCGACCCUUUGUAAUUACCCCUUCCCCCCCCCCCCCCCNUCCCCCCCCCCCCCACCCGGACGAUUGACACGCUUCAAGAUCAGACACUACACGAUGACUGCCUGUCUGUCUCGAAACAACAAUGACUCGAACUGAUUUCAGUUCACCACUGUCUUUUCGCUACGGUCGACGUUCGUUCGUGACCACUCGCUUGAAAACAUCAGAUUGGUUGGUUGCCCGGAAAAACCCCAUUGUGCCGUGUCGAGUUGCUGCCAAACAUCAACCCGAUCUGCUCGAUUCAAACAACCCUUGCGGGAAAACUUUGGGCUGAUCCUACGAGAGACACCGCUGGCAGAGCAGUAGCUCAACCAACGACAAACCGUUCAGGAGAGGUAGCGUGUUUGCUGCUUAACAUCCGCCACAAAAAAAGGAAGAAAUUGUACCCCCC